CCCACCCGACUUCGCUCUCCCCUCGGGCCUUGGAUGAUGACUCCGCUUCUCUCAGUCCUUCCCCACACCCUCGCUCUUCCUUGCUCCGUCUGCCACCGCAAACGCCGCCCUGCGAUCACGUCCGCUGCCCGGGUCCGGAUGCCACCCUCUUUUUUUUUUUCCCUUCCCUCCUGCGGGCGGUCGAGCCGACCCCAUCGGUUUGGAGCUCCCACGGCGCCCAGCCCAGGGGUUGAACACGAGGCGUUGCUUUGGGAGGGGCCACACCAACGGCAGCAGAGAUGGGAGCGAGCGAACUAAAUGCCCUUCCUUUUUCAGUCAGCCCUUUAGGUUAGAACUAAAUGCCCUUCUCUGUGAGCGAGCGGCGGUGACAGAGAUGGGAGGAGAAAGACUGAUGGAAGCUCCUCCUACGCCGCCGCCACCUCCGUGGGCCAGAGGGAGCUUCCAAGAUAAAAUCAAGAACGGAAGACCCCUAAUCUGCAAUUUUCCAUUCUUUCCAUCUCAUCACCAUCAAAGUAUCUCGAUCUUGAAGGUGUUCUUCCUCCUGAUCCGGCAAUGUGGAGGCUUAAGAUUGCGCAGGGCGGCAGCCCGUGGCUGAAGACGACAAACAACCAUGUAGGGAGGCAGGUGUGGGAAUUUGAUCCGAAUAUGGGCACGGCUGAAGAGAUUGCUGCAGUCGAGAAGGCCCGUGAGCUGUUUCAGGAGCAUCGUUUUGAGAUGAAGCACAGUGCUGAUCUCCUCAUGCGAUUGCAGUUUGCAAAGGAGAAUCCACUUGAAAUAAACCUCUCCAACAUCGAGCUAGAAGACCAUGAAGAUGUUACAGAAGAAGUUGUAUUGACCUCUUUAAGAAGGGCUAUUAGCUGUUAUUCUACUCUCCAAGCACAUGAUGGACACUGGCCUGGGGACUAUGGCGGCCCAUUGUUCCUUAUGCCUGGCUUGAUUAUAGUUUUAUCUGUUACUGGGGCAUUAGAUACUGCUUUAUCACCAGAGCACCAGCGGGAGAUUCGCCGUUACCUCUACAAUCAUCAGAACAAAGACGGUGGCUGGGGUUUGCAUAUAGAAGGCCACAGCACCAUGUUUGGUUCAGCCUUGUCAUAUGUUUCAUUGAGGUUGCUGGGUGAAGGACCCGAUGAUGGAGAUGGGGCAAUGCAAAAAGCACGAACUUGGAUUCUAGACCAUGGUGGUGCGACGGCCGUAACAUCAUGGGGAAAAUUUUUGCUCUCUGUGCUUGGAGUGUUUGAAUGGUCUGGCAACAACCCACUACCCCCAGAGAUGUGGUUACUCCCAUAUUUUCUGCCUGUUCAUCCAGGACGAAUGUGGUGUCACUGCCGGAUGGUUUAUUUGCCCAUGUCCUAUAUAUAUGGAAAGAGGUUUGUGGGUCCAAUUACACCUACAGUUUUAUCACUGAGGAAGGAGCUAUAUGCUUGUCCCUAUCAGCAAAUAGAUUGGAAUCGGGCUCGAAAUGAGUGUGCAAAGGAAGAUCUGUACUAUCCCCACCCGCUGAUACAAGACAUAAUUUGGGCUUCACUUCAUAAAGUUGUCGAACCUAUUCUAAUGCAUUCGCCUGGUAGCAUGUUGAGAGAGAAGGCUUUGCAUACUGCGAUGCAACAUAUUCAUUAUGAAGAUGAGAAUACUCGAUAUCUUUGUAGUGGUCCUAUUAACAAGGUACUAAAUAUGCUUUCCUGCUGGAUUGAAGAUCCAAAUUCAGAAGCAUUCAAGUCGCACCUUCCAAGAGUCUAUGAUUUUUUGUGGCUUGCAGAAGAUGGCAUGAAAAUGCAGGGUUAUAAUGGCAGCCAAUUGUGGGAUACAGCUUUCACAGUUCAAGCAAUUAUCUCAACUGACCUUUCUGAAGAAUAUGGUCCUACUCUUAAGCGGGCACAUGACUACAUAAAAGACUCACAGGUUCUUGAAGACUGCCCUGGUGAUCUUAGUUUCUGGUAUCGCCACAUCUCCAAAGGUGCAUGGACCUUUUCUACAGCAGAUCAAGGAUGGCCCAUAUCAGAUUGCACAGCAGAAGGAUUGAAGGCUUCACUAUUGUUGUCGAAGAUCUCUCCAGAAAUCGUUGGUGAACCAUUAUGUGCAGGGCGGAUUUAUGAUGCUGUUAAUCUCAUUCUUUCCCUUAUGAACAGAGAUGGUGGUUUUGCAACUUAUGAGCUUACAAGAUCCUAUGCUUGGUUGGAGAUUAUCAAUCCUGCUGAAACUUUUGGGGACAUUGUUAUCGAUUAUCCAUAUGUUGAAUGUACUUCAGCUGCAAUACAGGCACUGUCAUCAUUUAAAAAAUUAUACCCUGGACAUCGCAGAGAUGAUAUAGAAAAUUGCAUUAGAAAAGCAUCUAAUUUCAUUGAAAUGAUUCAGCAACCUGAUGGAUCAUGGUAUGGCUCUUGGGCCGUUUGCUUCACAUAUGGCACAUGGUUUGGAGUAGAGGGAUUAAUUGUUGCUGGAAGGACCUACCAGAACAGCCCUUGCAUCCGUAAAGCAUGUCAAUUUCUGUUGUCAAAACAACUGGCAUCAGGUGGUUGGGGAGAGAGCUAUCUUUCAUGUCAAAACAAAGUGUAUUCAAAUCUUGAGGGCAACCGAUGUCAUGCAGUGAACACUGCAUGGGCCAUGUUAGCUCUAAUUGAUGCUGGACAGGCUGAGAGAGACCCAGAACCUUUGCGCCGAGCAGCAAAGGUGUUGAUUAAUAUGCAAAUGGAGAGUGGCGAGUUUCCACAACAAGAAAUUAUGGGAGUCUUCAACAGAAACUGCAUGAUUAGUUAUUCACAGUAUCGAAAUAUAUUUCCAAUAUGGGCUCUUGGGGAAUAUCGCUGCCGUGUCCUGCUGACCAAGAAAAACUGAAUGCUAAUCUCUUCUGCCAUAUUGUAAUCCUUGGUCAGAAUGUUGAUGUUUUUCCCCUCAAACAAAGUAUUCAGAAAUGCAGAUCUUACUGCUUGACAUGUCAUAGAAGAAUGUCCUGUAUGACUGUUAGACUAAUCUUCAGCUUUUUUUGCACAAAGUGACUGAUAAAGGACUCAAAUCUAUAUGAUUGUGCCUGUUAGCCCAAGCAUUUUACUAUUGCACCAAGCUAUGUUCCCUAUUGCGACAGCAUCGGACAAUCAAAUAUUACAUAUUUCUUUUUCCUUAUUUUUUA